AUGUCGGAUUUUUGUGAUGCAACAUAUACAUAUUAUUCAAUGGAUCAUCUACCUGACUAUGAUAACCUUACUGUUAAUAAUCGAUCAACCAAACGAAUUAAAUUGCGUAAAUAUGCUAUUUAUCUAACAUGUAUUUUAGUUUUAACAAUAAUAAUGACGGGAGUGAUUCUCAUAUUGAAACAAAAGCGAUUAAAUAAAAAAAUAAAAAUUAUAUUAAGUACACCAAAACCAAUAAAACAUAAUAUUUCAUUUAAUUGUCAAUUACCGAUUAAUCCAACGUAUAAAAAAAAUUGCACCAUUGUUGCUGGAGUGUUAUCCACAUCUAAUGAUAAAUUAAAUGAAUUAAAUGGACCAACAUCUGUUUAUCUUGAUCGUGAAAAAAAUAUUUAUGUUGCUGAUACAACAAAUCAUCGAAUUCGAAAAUAUUCUUCUGAAAAUUCUAAUACAAGUGAAACCCUUAUUGAUGAAACAUCAAAUAUAAAUUAUCCACGUUGUUUAUUUAUUGAUCAAGAAUCGAAUUAUUUAUUUUUUCUUGAUCAAGAUAAUCAAGGAUAUUAUCGUGUACAAUUACUUAAAUUAAAUUCAAAUCCAUUAAAAUCAACAAUUCUUGUUGUUGGAAAUCAAACAAGAUCAUAUGGAAUGAGUUUAGAUGAAGAUUUCAAUAUUUAUGUAUCAGAAUAUAAUAAUCAUCGAAUUGUUAAAUGGUUAUCACCAAAUUAUAAUAACUAUUUAAUUAUUGUUGUUGAAAAUCAAUUAACUUAUCCAAAAAGUAUUUAUAUUGAUCAAAAAACAAAUAAUUUAUAUGUUGCAGAUAAAAAUCGAAUUCAAUGUUGGAUAAAUAAUUCUAAUAAAAGUCAAAUUGUUAUGCAAGGUGGAUCAGUAUGCCCAAAUGCAAUUGAAUAUGAUUGUCAUGGAAAUCUUUAUAUAUCUCAAGAUAGAACAAUUAAAUUAAUCAAUCAAAAUACAGGUUUACCAGGAAUUGAUAUUAUUGGAAUUCAAUCUUAUUCUCAAUGGGUUCAAAAUUUUAGAAAAAAUGAUGAUUUUUCUUAUCCAGAAGGAAUUUAUCUCGAUAAAACAAAUGGAGAUCUAUAUGUUACUGAUUCAUCUUUUAAUUUAAUAGAAAAAUUUACUAUUGAAUUCUAA